UCUCUGCGCGUGCGGGGUCAUGUCGGCCAGCGGGGCGGUGGAGCCCGGUCCCCCGGGGGCUACCGCCGCCCCCGCGCCCGCCCCGGCCCGGCAGCCUGCCACGGAGCACUUGUUCCGGCCCAUCAGCGCCGAAGACGAGGAGCAGCAGCCCACCGAGAUCGAGUCGCUGUGCAUGAACUGUUACCGCAAUGGCAUGACGCGCCUCCUGCUCACCAAGAUCCCUUUCUUCAGAGAAAUAAUCGUGAGCUCUUUUUCCUGCGAGCACUGUGGCUGGAACAACACGGAGAUCCAGUCGGCCGGCAGGAUCCAGGACCAAGGAGUGCGCUACACUUUGACGGUUAGGGGCCAGGAGGACAUGAACAGAGAAGUGGUGAAGACUGACUCUGCCACCACGAGGAUCCCUGAACUGGAUUUUGAAAUUCCGGCUUUCAGCCAGAAGGGAGCUCUGACCACUGUUGAAGGAUUGAUCAACCGUGCUAUCUCUGGCCUAGAACAGGACCAGCCCACACGAAGGGCAAAUGAAGAGGUCAUGGCAGAAAGAAUUGAUGAGUUCAUUGCCAAACUGAAGGAGUUGAAGCAAGUGACCUCCCCUUUUACUCUGAUCAUUGAUGAUCCUUCAGGGAACAGCUUUGUAGAAAACCCAUAUGCACCCCGGAAAGAUGAUGCCUUGGUCAUCACCCAUUACAGCCGGACCCUACAGCAGGCAGAGAUGCUGGGCCUCCAAGCAGAAGCACCAGACGAGAAGGCAGAAGAGGAAGAUCUCAGAAAUGAAGUGCUCCAGUUCAACACAAACUGCCCAGAAUGCAAUGCUCCGGCUCAGACCAACAUGAAGCUAGUGCAAAUCCCCCACUUUAAGGAGGUUAUCAUCAUGGCCACCAACUGUGAGAACUGCGGGCAUCGGACCAAUGAGGUGAAAUCUGGAGGAGCAGUAGAACCGUUGGGCACCAGAAUCACCCUCCACAUCACAGAUCCCUCAGACAUGACCAGAGAUCUGCUCAAGUCUGAGACAUGUAGUGUGGAAAUCCCAGAGCUGGAAUUUGAACUGGGAAUGGCUGUCCUUGGGGGCAAGUUCACCACUCUGGAGGGACUGCUGAAAGACAUCCGGGAACUGGUGACCAAGAACCCUUUCACACUGGGCGACAGUUCCAAUCCUGGCCAAUCAGAGAAACUGCAGGAGUUUAGCCAGAAGUUGGAUCAGAAUGUGUACGCACCUGAAGAUGAUCCGGAGAUGAAGGUGGAGCGGUACAAGCGUACCUUUGACCAAAAUGAGGAACUAGGGCUCAAUGACAUGAAGACUGAAGGCUAUGAGGCAGGCCUGGCCCCACAGCGGUAGUUGUAGGCAGCUCAUGGGCCAGCUCCAGUACUGCUGCUGCUGCUGCAGAGUUAUUUAUUACUGUUGGAAUAUAGCUGGGCAUGUCCUUUCCCUGCCCUCACCCUUGGUGUGGAGGAUGCCUGUCCCGCAUCGGAGAUCUAGGCACACUUUCUAAACAGCUUGUGAUGCAAGUGCAAGCCUGCUGUGUUACUUGACCUUAUUUUGGAGGUUUUGAAUUGGCUUAGGAAAACACCCAGGAAUGAACCACGGGGCAUGUCAUCAUCCACCUUUUCCUAUCCACUCUUUACCCUUCCUCUACCAGUGCUUUGUUCUCUUGGGUAGGGCCUUUGAAGUUGGUGAAGGUGAAAAACCAAUAGCUGAGGUGUGGAAUUGGCUUUGGGCACGUAAAGUACUGGCUUUCAACGGGAAAGGAGUCUUCCGGGGGCGGCACAGGUGAAGUUAUUAAAAUGAUGACUU